GUCCGCCCCGGCCUGCCCGGCGCCGAGCUCCCGGUCACCGGGCCGGCUGCCCGCGGCGCUUGGUGCCGGCUGGGCGUGCAGGGGGCGGGGGCCGCGGCUCGCCCCCCGCGGAUGAGCUGCCGCGGAGCGCGGGCGGACGAUGGAACUCCACAUACUGGAGCACCGGCUGCAAGUUGCCAGCGUCGCCAAGGAGAGUAUCCCGCUCUUCACCUACGGCCUGAUCAAACUUGCCUUCUUGUCCUCCAAGACCAGGUGCAAGUUCUUCAGUCUGACCGAGACCCCGGAGGAUUACACCAUCAUUGUCGAUGAGGAGGGCUUCCUGGAGCUGCCCUCCUCGGAACACCUGAGUGUGGCGGACGCCACCUGGCUGGCCCUCAACGUGGUGUCGGGUGGCGGCAGCUUCUCCAGCUCCCAGCCCAUCGGUGUGACCAAGAUCGCCAAGUCGGUCAUCGCCCCGCUGGCCGAUCAGAACAUCUCUGUGUUCAUGCUGUCCACCUACCAGACGGACUUCAUCCUGGUGCGUGAGCGGGACCUGCCCUUCGUUACCCACACCUUGUCAUCAGAGUUCACCAUCCUGCGGGUCGUCAAUGGCGAGACAGUGGCAGCCGAGAACCUCGGCAUCACCAACGGCUUCGUGAAGCCCAAGAUGGUCCAGAGGCCCGUCAUCCACCCUCUGUCCAGCCCGAGCAACAGGUUCUGUGUCACCAGCCUGGACCCUGACACACUGCCCGCUGUUGCCACACUCCUCAUGGACGUCAUGUUCUACUCCAACGGAGCGAAGGACCCCCUGGCGGCCGGCGAUGACUGUGGUCACAUCCGCUUCUUCUCCUUCUCCCUCAUCGAGGGCUACAUCUCCCUGGUGAUGGACGUGCAGACCCAGCAGAGGUUUCCUAGUAAUUUGUUGUUCACGAGCGCAUCUGGAGAGCUCUGGAAGAUGGUGCGGAUUGGAGGACAGCCCCUAGGAUUUGAUGAGUGCGGCAUCGUGGCCCAGAUCUCCGAGCCCUUAGCUGCUGCUGACAUCCCCGCCUACUACAUCAGUACCUUCAAGUUCGACCACGCACUGGUACCGGAAGAAAACAUCAAUGGCGUCAUCAGCGCCCUGAAAGUCAGCCAAGCAGAGAAGCAUUAGAAGGCCCUCUUCCGCUCCUCCCCGUCUGCCCCCCAGGCCUGGGCCCAGCCCCACCCUGAAGAUUCUUCUCGCAGUAUUUCUCAACAGACUGGAAAAUCGGCCCCGGGGCCCCCAAGGAAGGGGUCCCUAGGACACGCCCCUGAUGGCUGACCCCGCCAGGCCUGUGGCCCAAGCCAAGGCCUCCCCGUGCCCUCCUGCCUUCCUGGAGCCCCCAGACCCUCCAGAGAACCGCCCCCCCCCCGCCUCCUUCCCCCACCCCUACCCCAGAAAAUGAUGUCUGAGGCCCAGGGAGCUUGUGAGCUGACCCACCUUCUCCUCCUGCCUCGCCCACGGCCGGGGGCAGACGCCAAAGGAAGCUGGCACCUUCUACAGGACACUGGGAGUACCGAUUCUCGGGUCGUCUUGGGGGGGCUGGCUGAGCAGGGCUGAGUUCAUGGGGCCCCGGAAGGCCCUUGUGAGGGUAGGGGUUCUGGCCCCUGUGGUCACUGGUCUCUGGUUCCAUUGGCUCUGGGCUGGUUCCUGCAGAGUAGAGGCCAGUGGGCCACCCUCUGGUCAUGUGCUGGUGAGGCUCCAAGGGAGCACGGGUGGGGCCCUGAGCUGGGGGGGGACCCCAGUCCCCCAGAACCUGGCCUGCCAGCCACAGGGCCUGCGCCCCGACUCCCAGCAAGGCUGCCAAAGGGGCCUGUCCAGACCCUCCCCACCACAAGCGCUCAGUCCCGGGGGGAGGGGGGUUCCCAGGAGACCCACCAGCCUGGGGCACGAGCUCCUGUCCCCUCUGCUUUCCCUGGACCCUCCUGGGGCUGGCAGAGCCUCGGGUUCCCCUAAAUGGGGGCAGCUCCAGCGUUCUGGGCCUGGGGUUUCUUAGGUCACCCCCACCUCCCCAGCAGUUAACUAGACCAGCACAGGGCUCCCCCGUUUUCCUGCCCCGCCCCGUCGCCCCACUUUUGGGGGAAAGUGGAAGGCCUCUGCCCCCAACUCACCUGCACACCCACCCCUCGGUCCAGGGAUCGUGGCGUUCACGAGUACUUGACCUGGGAGGCAGCUUAUCUGAGCCUUAAUAGAGAAAACCGUACCUUGUUUUAGUUUCUUAUUUAAUGUAUUUGCACCCAGGCUGCAGUUGGCAGUAGUUUCAGGGGAUGGCCCGCUGAGUCUGUCGGGGCUCAGAGUGUGACAUCGCUUGGUUGGCAUCCUGAGUGUCUCCAGGGACAAGCUUGAGAGUCGGGAGCUGCUUCCAGGGGUGUCGGCCCUCCCUUUGGGCAGAAAGCUGGGAGCAGAGGUCUGCUUGUACAGGGGUCCCCGGGGCACCCCCCCACGGAGCUGCCAAGGCAGAGUGGUUCUGAGCAUCGGCGGGGGCCCGAGGGCCGCAGGGCGGUGGGCAGCCAGGUGGCAAGCCAGCCCCCUCGGAGAAUGGGGUGACCCCCGUGCCUCCUCUCCAGCUGGGGGUGUUUUCCAAGCAAGCAGGACCUACAGGGUCCUCGUCGGUGCCCGGGCAGCAGCUGACAACGUGCUGUCCCUGAGAAGCUCGCAGGAGAAGGGACAUUCUCUUGGGCUGGUGAAGCCCCACCCACCCCCAUUCUCUGUGCCGCGCGGGACCCUCUGAGCCAUGGAAAUCCACCAGGUGGGGAAGCUGUCCGUCUGGAUCCUUGCAGACGUUCGGGGCCCAAGUACUGAUUCGGAACCCACGUGUUUUUUUUUUUUUAAGUUAACUCAUUUUGCACAAAACACCAAAACAUGUCAAUUGUUUGCUGGUUCCAAAACGGGGGUGUCCACGUGGGCAGGGCAGCACUUCACGCCCCGAGUCCCCUUACUGUCCUUGGAAGGCCUUGAUUUUUCCGUGGCACGCGCUCCAGACCCCUUCCUGUCUGUCCCCCCCCUACCGUGUCACUCCCCCGCCUCUCCUCCCUGCCGAGCAAGUGUGUCGGCCCCUUGACCCCCAGAAACGUGUGCUCCCUAGACCCCCUAGGACGUAUAUUGUACACACAUAUAAAUACCUGUGUUUUAUGUUGAUAUAGAUAUAUACUGUAAAUAGCAUAUAUACUUGAGCAAUAUAUAUGUUAAUAUAUACUGUGUGAGCGUGCACACGCGUGUGUGCGUGUGUGUGUGUGGGGGCGUGAGGGCUUCCGCCCCGCGGUGUCUGCCGUGCACACAGGCACGUUUUGAGCCACCAUAUAUUUUUAAUUCAAGUAUAUAGGCAAUACGAUUAUUAGAGAAGCCGGCUGGCUGCCUUGGCCCUGACUUGAGAGAAAAACUAAACCAGCAGCCCGGGAACUGAGCUCCGGGGCGGGUGUUGAGGGUCCCUACCCCCUCCUCCCCGAGUCUCCCUUGAAAGCUGGAUUCGGCCCCUUCCUGUAAUCCCGUUGGCACGACCGAGGCCCCUGGACACCCUUAUUUUAUUGGGGGGACAGUGGCACAGAGGGAGGAGCAGCUGGGACAGGGCAGCCCCCUUGCCGGCGCUCUCAGCCCGAAGACCUGGGCCAGCUGGACGGGCGCCCUCCGGCUUUCCGUCCAGGUCCGCUCCCACAGCCCCAUCACCUGAUUUCUGUCGCUUUAGAAGCCUCAGGUUCUUUCCCCAGGUCGCCUCCUGGGGACUGGCCCCAUCCGACUGAGAAGGGGACGGAUGGAUGCCCUUGACGUUGUUUCCGGGAGGGGCUGGUGCGAGGACGCGGCUCUCUGGGCUACACAGGUGUGUAUCCAGCUGGCAGGGCGGGAGCCAACACCCUGAAAACCUGCCCCCUCUAUUUCCCACACCCCCAUCCUCCCGCCGUGUGCAGAGGCCGGCGCAUCCUCGGUGCCUGUGUGUGCCCGUGAGUCAGCGGUUGGGUCUCCAGCAAUCUGGGGGAAGAGGGAGUGGUCUCCCCGGUGGCUGGCUGCCCCCAGCCACCUCUGGCUUUGCUGUGCGCAGGGGUCCCCAGACCCCCUGAGAGGCGGCCUGAAGAGGGUGCCCUGUCAGGCUGGGGCACUCUAGGCUCUGGCUUGGGGGUGAGCGGGUGGCCCAGGAGCUGCCACCUGGGCUCCAGGUGUGUCUUUUGAGUCUGUGCUGUUCCCUGGUAAGAAAAGCUCAAACCAUCUAAAUGCUACGCUCGCUCCUCACCCGCCCCAUCCCUGCACACUGCAGAGCGGCGCGAGGUUAAGGUAGGGAGAGCGAGGGAGACCAGGAGCCGUGAUCACCCACUUCACCCCUGCCCCCAAUUAUAAAAAUCUGCCUCUUUGGCUCAGCUCUCAACAUGGGCGCCCCUGGUUCCUAAGAAACCCCAUUCUCCCUCGGCCCUAGUCCUGACCCAGCAAAGAGCUGGGCAGUGCCCGCUCUGCACCUCUUUCCUCCACAGGGGUUUCCAGAGCCCCCCAGGAGGCGGGGCCUACACCACUGACCUCAGCCCAGGGCACCCAUCCAAGCAGGAGAGGCACAUAAGGCCUCCCUUCCCCAGGAUUCUGGGGGUCCAGAACCCCCCAAGCACCAGCAUUCUCCCCCUCCCAUCAACUCCGGGCCACAGGCCCCUGGUGGGAAGGGAGGGACCAGGUGACCCGGAGCUGGCCGCUGUGGCCUCCCCAUGCGGGCAGCGUGGCCUCGGUGACCAGUGUGGUGUCCAGAAGAUGCAUGGUCGGUUGGGGCUUGUCCCCUCUGUGGUGACAGAGGCUGCCACGGAGCUCAGGAGAGGAGGCUCGGGGGGGAUAGGAAGGGCCAGGCCCCCACCCCCAAGCCAGCGGUACCAUUUGCCUGAUAAUCAAAGAUGAACCUGCCCACCCACCACCUGCCCCUUCUGGCCACACUUCCCAGCCACCCUGAGCCACCUUUCUGAGCCUCUGGAUCUGGAUGUGGGCACAAGCAGGGCCCUUCCCAGCCCCAGCUAAGAGAGGGGACCUUGGGGACCUUCCAGGUGGUAGCGCUACAGCCCUGUGCUAGGAAUUUUUGAUGCUCCUUCCUGAGUGAAAAUUGUGGCAGGGGGGCGGGUAGGAAGGAAGCACCCCCGUGUAUCUGUGGCCAAUGUAAGCCGUGGCUGGGGAGCAGCCGGCCGAGCGCUGCCGUUACGGCUGCCGAGAAGCGGAGUUGGUGGUUGGCUUGGCAGGCAGAGCUUGGGGGAGGACGACGGGGUCUCCCAGCGGUGGAAAGCCAGGGCUUGGGCUUUUCAGGUUUCCUGGGUACUGUGCCGAGGCAGGGGCUAGGCCUGGAGGGGGCAGUAGCCCUCUAUUCAAGGAGGCCACCUGGGAAGAGAGCCACCAAGAUGGCAGACGGUGGUCAGCCCAGCAGAGGGUGGGCUUGGGAAGAGGGGAGUUGAGCCCUGGUAUAGCUGGAUACCUUUUCUCACAUGCCAGCUCUUUUCCAUUCUUUCAUUUUCAAAUUAGAGGCAGCAAAAGGACCCUUUUCCGUAGACCGAGGGAGAGAGAAGCUGUGGGCUGGGCUAUGGCCUUCAGCUUUGAAACCCACGCCCUCCUGGGAAGCCUGCUUUCUUGGGAGGGAAGGAUGGGAGCUGUUGGCUGAGGCAGCCUGCUGUCCUUGGGGCUGAGGGCACCAGGAUGGCCUGGAGUACAGGUAGAAGCCUGCGGCCUGGCCCGUGCUUUCGUGGGCAGCCUGGUGGGGAGGGAGCUUGUGGCUCUUGGUUCUCUGUGUGGGAGGCUGUGAGCGCGGCAAGUGCUGGGCGUCAGAGCAGUGUUCUUGGCAGGACCACACGUGUGUGUAUACGCACACGUGAGCGUGCGCUGUGUCACACACCCUAGUGUGGACGCGAGCACACACGUGCAGAGCCCAGAUCCGAGUGAAGGGACUGGCUCGUCCGGUAUUUCUCGAGGCCUGGGUACGUUCUUAGCCAGGGCCACAUGUAGAGUUGAAGGGGUGCGGGCAGCAGACCUCGAACGCAAGGCAGCCCCGCCCCCCUUGACUUUGCUGAAACUGCUCUGCGGACGGCGGGGGCAGGGGUGUCCCUGCAGGGGCUGUGCUCCGCCCUGCAGCGGCCCGGAGGUCCCUGCAGCCAAGAGCUAGACCUGCUGGGCGGACUCCUCGGCAGCAGCCAGUCCUGAGGACAGUAUUUACAGGGAGGGGUUCUGGGGGCUGGUGCCCCUCCGCCUACUGGGGCUCGUCCAUGAAGAGCAUCCAACAAAGUUGGAAACCGGAGUGGAGGGCAGGGGGGGUGCUGAAAAACAGGCCAAAUUCAGGUCCCAAGGCAGAGGCCAAGCCCAGUGCAUUUUCCUCUCCACUGCUUCAGUUUACCUGUUCAGAAAAUGGUCCAGGAAGAGCUGGGCAGGGUUGGCUUCAAAACUGGGGGUGGGGAGGAGCUAACAGCAAACAAAACCCCAAGCCCUCCUCUUGCUCUUUGCCAAAAUCAUUUCCGUUAUCCUGAGAUGGGGGUGAGUGGAUGUUGGCUGCACAGCAGGGCUCAGAGGGGCCUCUGCCCUGCCCAGGGUUUCGCCUUGGGGGUCUGGCCCUCCCCUGGCAUGCCCCGGGUCACCAGCAGUAGCAGCGGCACUUGCAUCUGUCCCAGGGUCUGGGCGAGGGGAGAACUGGGCAGCCCUGUACCCCAGGCCCUCACACUUUCUUUCUUUCUUGAAGAAACACAAAACCCUUGAGAUUCAUGUACUGUAUGACGGAGAGAAAAAAAGUACCUAAUGUUCCCCAAAAAAAGACAGUAUAUUUUGUACUUUGUAAAGUGUUCAUUAAAAUGGAAGAAAAAAAUGA